AGAAAAAAACAAUGUUUGAGAGAGGAGCAAAUUGUUCGUUAAUAAUGUUGGAGAGUGGAGAACAAGCAACGAUUGAUAUUGAGGCAACUGUGUCAUGCAAGUGUUCAUCCAACACUUUAAAGAUAAGACUAAAGCGCGAUACAGAAGUGUUUCUCGUACACCAGCGUGACGGAUCCGUGGACAUUAUCGGAUCACAGCCGGCUCCUCCAUUCCCAAUCCCUCACAUCCUCCUAAAAGACAUCGGUAGCUUUGAUCCGCACAACAUCAAUCCUCUCCUCCAAUUAGACCCUGUUUUAUGCGAUCAUAUUUCUGUUAUAAUCGCUUCCAAAGCAGCCGAGGAGCGAGUUCCAGGGCCAUUAUACAUCUCCCUAUACGUCACAGUCACCCCACACAGAUUCCUAGGAGACGAUAUUCCUUUCCCUGAACAAGACGAGGAGUUGGAGACAUGCGGCAUUUGUUUGGAGGAGCUAAAUCCGAGGGGUGAAAUCUAUUUCGACAUGCCAAAUUGUUCUCAUCAGUUUCAUGAUCUAUGUAUAUCCAGGUGGUUGAGGCGUAGCAAGACUUGCCCUCUCUGCCGCACUUUUUCUGAUUAUGAUGAUUGACAACCAUGCAUCUCUUCUAUUUUUCUUUCUUUUUGUCAA